GCUCGUAGACGACAAAGCGCGCGCGUCCAACGACCUCACUGUCCUUCCCGAACCUCCGCUCCGCUACUUACUUUACCAUCGUCUUCCCCUCCUCCCUUCUCUUCGGGCGACUCGAUGGCGUCUAGCUAGGAGGAGAGCAUUGAUGGACGAUUUCAUCUACAAUCUCGACUUAAGAUGGUUCCUUUCCACACUGGGGCGGGGAGAGAUGAUUUGGAGCGGAGCGGAGUAGUUCGCGAAAUCCAGGCAGCAGCGACGGCGGAGAGGAGGAAGGGGGACUUGGCGUCGAGGAUCUCCGGUGAGGACUGGAUCAUCUCUCUAUCCGCUCUGCUCCUUCCCUACUAUUUGGAUGCGUUUCCGCCACGCGGAUAGAUCAACUCGAUAUAAGACUCUAGGAACGCAUGGAUGAGGAUGUCCCCAGAGAAGCAGAAAAUAGAUGGUACUCGCCUGGUGUAAUUGCAACGUUAAUGGGUCUUCCUGAUCUUCCGGUCAUUGGUUCACAAGAGUUCCUGACCAGAAAAGAUGGUUCGACUUGGACGAGCAACGCUAAGCACCAAAAGUUCAAAGAUGUGCGUGAAGAAGUAACAGGAACAGCAAAAACUGAUCAAAGCAACAAGAAACUAGGUGCCGAGGCAUUCCCAAGCUUUGAACAUUACAAGCUUGAAGUAAGAAAAGAAGAAUACAAGCAUUUGGGAGACCAGUGCUAUCGCAGGAAUCAUCUGUCGGAUGUCUUUGGAGAACCCAAAUUCUCGUUGAGAAAGUAUUUUCAGCAUAUCAAGUGGUUUGCAAACAAGUUGAAAUUUUUCAAUCCGUCAAAGGGUUCUAAGAUUGAAAGUGGUGAAGUAUGUUGUUGGUCGGGGAAAAAAACAGGCACGCCUACUAAUCUCCAGAAUCCAAAUGUUGUUGUUCUUUUGGAAUCCAGAAUAAGUACUUCUUACGGCAGGGGCAGAAGGAUUCUUCUUAAAUCUCCUACUCAGUCAACCAACAGACAACUGGCGAGUCAAUCUGGAUUCUCAGCGACCUACAAUGGAAAAAGCUCAAGAGGAAACCUGAUUUUCGAUAGAGAUAAGAGUUCUCAGAAGAUCAUGUCUAGACAUUUGAAGACGAAGACCGAUAAUCAUUUUGAAGGGGCAGGAUAUUGUGGCGUAGGCUCAAAUUCUUUGGCUGAAAUGUUUUACUUAACUGAUCUGGAAGCUCAUUCUGUUGAUAACAUAACAAGAAUAGAUACUCGAGCAUUAUGGGGAUCUCAAGAUAGUUCCUCUAUAAAUCAACCAAUGCCUAGUGCUCUUCCUGCUUUAUCGGCAACUUAUGCAAGUCGAACCUUUAGCAACAAUCGUCAAUUUGGCGAUGAGCAGUUCUGUACUCCUGAUGAUGGACUUAAAUGGAGGAAUGAGAACUUCAAUCAAAGAGGAAAAUUGCCACCCAGAGAUAAUACAUCGAGCAAACCAAGCGAGAAGAAAUGUCAAAGGUUGGUGCAUAACGUGAUUUCAGAGAAUAUUAAAGUUUCCUGCUCAAUCACUGAGGAGACAUCUGUAUGCAGAAGAAAUCAUCACCCGUGCUCUGAAAAUCCAAUCGGUGAUCUCCUUGAUGCACAUAUAAAAACUUGGUCCGUGGAUUAUUGUCGUUUGAGCGACGACGACGACGACGGAGGAGGAGAAGAGCCGCGAUCGUUUCUGGAACAGGAAUUCAGGGACGAAGAGGAGAGAGACUACAGUUACCUGCUCGAUAUGCUGAUUGCUUCCGGCAUUCACAACGCCAAGCGCAGUGACCUUCCUGAUGCAUGCUACUCGUCGGAAUAUCCACUGAAGCCGGCACUGUUUGCGAGGCUCGAGAAGAAAUACCGCAAGCUGGCUGCAUGGUCGCCGUCGGAGAGGAAGCUGAUGUUUGACUCGACGAACAUGAUCCUCGCGGCGAUGCUCGCUCCGUGUCUGGACAAGCAUCCGUGGGUGAAGGCGACGACGAGGAUCAGGCCGAUGUGGGGCGCCGAAGGGCUUCUCGAGAAGACAUGGCAGCUAUUGGUCGGAAAGCGAGCCGAAGCCAACGUAGGGAAUUCGGACUCGACGGCGAUGGAUGAAGAGUGGUUGGAGCUGGGGGAUGAAAUGGAUGGGUUGGGAAUGGUGAUUGAGAGAUUGGCGUGGGAGGAUCUGUUGGAGGAAUUGGUUGCAGAGCUACAGCUGGUGCUGGUUGGUUAAGCUCCGAUCGAUCCUCUAGUUGAAUGUGUAUAAUGCUAAGUCUGUCUGCCAUAAUGAGUUAGCCGAUACAAGAAGCUUAUAUUGUCCGACAUUCACAUCAAUCAACUCAAUUGGCAAUAUAAUCAACGUAAAUUGAA